CGCGCCCGGCGGACCGCGCGCCCCCCGUGCCACAAACGCGAAAACAUUUACGUUCACGCAUAAAAACUUUUGCCGCCAAACUCUUUGGCGCUCUAACCACAACUCUUAGUUCCGGAGUCGUAUUUAUUUGGUUUUGGACUGGACUACAGCCGUUUUUAAUAACUUUACUUGAGUUUAGCUAGUUUGAGUGUGAUUUGUUUUGAUUCGUGCGAGGAACAUCGCCGGCCGUGUCAUCCAGGAACCUGGGCCGGGCUCUCUAUUAUUUCUCUGGGUUGGGGCUGUGCGCGUGCGAUGGGCAGUGUCCCCGCGGCCGCCGCGUGAGCCGCGCGCGCCCGGAGCCCGCCGCCAUGCUCAACAUGAAGCUGAAGGAGCGCCUGGCGCUGGCCCUCAGCGCCGGCGCCGUGCUGUUCACGCUGAUGCUGGUGGUGGACCUGCAGAUGGACUACGGCUACACGGCCCGCCGCGCGCCGCUGCACGGCCGGGUGCGCCUCGGCGACGACACGGACCGCGGCCGCGGCGCCUACCUCGAGUUCAGGAAGCGCUUUCUGCAGAAGAGCAGCAGCGGCAGCGGCGGCAACGCGUCACGCGAGUACGAGCAGUCGGCAGCCGACACCAGCGCGGGGGACACGGCGCCCCCCGCGCCCCCCGCGCCCCCGCGCGACCCCUACCCCGACCUGCAGCGGCUGCUGGCGGCGCAGGCGGGGGGUGCGGGGGGCGCGGGGGACCACCCCGUCGUCGUGCCCCCGCACCGGGACCUCAACGUGCUGCGCCCCGACAACCCCACCAUCGGGGACAUGGAGGACCUCGAGCUCAGCCUAAACGCGACGAACCUGGAGCGCCUGCAGCUGAAGAUAUCGCAGCACGAGCUGUACGCCGCGCGCGAGCCGCUCGUGGGCGCCGUGCUGCGGGACCUGGCCUCGCUGCCCAUCCUGCACGUCGAGCAGAAGGAGGGCGGCACGCAGCUGAAGCUGAUCAUCGACUACCCCAACGGCAUCCAGGCGCUCUUCAAGCCCAUGAGGUUCGCGCGUGACGUGCAGACGCUGCCGGACCACUUCUACUUCUCGGACUACGAGCGCCACAACGCCGAGAUCGCCGCCUUCCACCUCGACAGGAUCCUGGGCUUCCGCCGCGCCAUGCCUGUAGUGGGGCGCGUGCUCAACAUGACCACGGAGAUCUACGACGUGACAGAAGGCGACAUCCUCAAGACAUUCUUCGUGUCGCCGGCCAACAACUUCUGCUUCCACGGCAAGUGCUCGUACUACUGCGACACGGGCCACGCCAUCUGCGGCCACCCCGACACGCUGGAGGGGAGCUUCGCCGCCUUCCUGCCGCCGGAUGAGAUCGCCAAGAGAAAGGUGUGGCGGCACCCCUGGAGAAGAUCUUAUCACAAGCGGCGGAAAGCUCAGUGGGAGCUCGAGUCAGAUUAUUGUGAUACGAUCCGGCAGACGCCGCCGUACGACUCGGGGCGGCGGCUGCUGGACCUCGUGGACAUGGCCAUCUUCGACUUCCUCACCGGGAACAUGGACCGCCACCACUACGAGACCUUCAGAAUGUUCGGCAACGAGACGUUCACGCUGCACCUGGACCAGGGCCGCGCCUUCGGCAAGGCGUUCCACGACGAGCUGAGCAUCCUGGCGCCGCUGCUGCAGUGCUGCCUCGUGCGCCACACCACGCUGCGCACGCUGCUCACCUUCCACAACGGAGUUCCCUUGUCGGAGUCGCUCCGAGUGGCCAUGGACGAGGACCCAGUAGCCCCCAUCCUGUGGGAGCCGCACCUGGCGGCGCUGGACCGGCGCCUCGCCGUCGUGCUCGACGCCGUGCGCAAGUGCGUCGACAAGACCGCCGCCGCCGCCGCCGACGACAACGACGUAUGACCGAGGCGCGGGCGGGCUACUGCGGGGUAGUGAUGAUGACCUAGGCACGAGCGGACUAUAAUACUACAGUGUAUGUAGUGCAGUGAUUACAGACGCUACUAGUCCAAGUGUGACGACGACGUGUGUGAAAUUCAAAAGACUUUAUAGACAUAAGUUGUUAGUGCCAAAGAUUGUCCAAAUGUAAACGUCUCGAUUUCAUAAUAAUUUAUUUACCAUUCCACUUGUUCAAUGCAGGCAAUCGAUUUAUUUUUUUAAUUAUAGAGUAGGCUUACGGUUCUUUUGUUUUGUGAGCCGUUUGUGAAAUGCCAAUUAAACCUAUUGAAACGAUUGUACAAAUGUUGAUAUUCCUGAUGGAAAUACAGUGUUCUUUUAAUAAUGUUGAAGCCUCGUUGUGGCUUUUAUUGGUUUGAUUCUAUUUUGUUUCAAGUUACUUUAUGUUGUUAACAAAGUAUUUUAUUUUUAUUUUCAUUUAUUUGUAUUCGUGUUUACGAGAUGAUUUAUCUAAUUAUGUAGCUAAUUUAAGUGUAAAGUGCAAUCAUGGUGUACAUAUUUUAAUGCAAUUUUUAUUAAUUUUAAGUUAAUCCUUUGAUAGCGUUUAAAUUUCAUAAUUUUAUGUGAAAUCUGUUACCACUGGGAGCUCAAGGAGAGACAUAUCAUAAUGUGAUUUAGAAAAAAAAAUACAGCUAUUGUCUGUCUUUGUUUCGUUUAUGUAAAUCAUAAUAAUAGAGGCUAUUCUGUAAGCAAUUUUACACAAGUUGGUGACUUUUUUGUCAUUCAGCUGAUUGAAUUUGUAUAAAAUAUAUUUUUCCUUUACAUUUUUUUUAUUCAUACCGUACUAUUUUAUAUUCUAAUUCGCAUUUUCAUUAUUUUAUCGACUGAAAUUAACGGUAGGUAAUAUAUUAUUUAUAAAUCUAUUUAAAUAUGAAUUGUACUGUAAUCUUCUUCUUUGAAGUUUCGUCGUUUUAUUUUAAAUCUGUUGACACUAGGUAGAUAAUAAAUUCAAAUAAUUUAGAGCCUGAUUUAAAAAUGUCUGGAUAAAGGUUAUCUAUGAAAAAAUCAUACUGACGCUUAUAGAUUGAAAUUAAGAUAGUGAAACCAUGAUUUUUAUCCAGACAUCGUAAAACAGACGCAUAAUAUAAUUUCAAAGACAAUUUAUUUAUUUAUCUUUAUGUUUGCUUGUUUCUGUCUGCAGUCUAUAUUCUAUUUCGUUAAGUUUCUGUUUCUACGUUUGUUUGUGGUCGAGCAGCUUGGCCAGUAGAGAGGCAAGUCACUGGCCCCAGCUGCUCGCCGGUGUAAACGACUCUUCAGUCUCAUAUUGUUUCCAUAUUUACCAAGUACUGAAGUUGAUUUGCCAAAGACGUAUGUACCGUAUCAGCCUCCGUAGACUAAAUCCAUACACAAAACUUUACAGAAAUACGUACUCGUUUGUAAAUGGUUUUAUGUCCCUAUUUCUGUAUCGUUUCUCGAUAUGUUUGUUGUCUAGGAGGCUGAUGUGAUAACGAUAACGAAGAUGAUGUAAAGUGUUGUUAAAUGCAAUGUGAUGCUUAGAUUGUAUGGCGCUGUUGACUGUUUAUAAAUUAAAGUUAAUUAUUAUGCGAAA